CAUCCGACAACAGCAGCCGCCAUUCGCGAACUAAGUUGCGGGGACGUCACCGCGGCGCUUGUGCCAGCCUAGGUGCACGUUAAGUGCCACGCGAAGUGCCGAACGCCCGCCGCUGACAAGGAGGCCACGGGGCAGACCCAGCAGGUGCCAUGGGGUCGACGGCUGGCUCGAGAUGAGUGGCCGAUGCACCACCAGUGCCCCCUACUGUGCCAACUUGCUGUGCUUUAGACACCCGGGGCGCUCCGCUCGUUGUUGUGAGCAGCGUCGCUCCUCCGCCCGGUGUUGUUGUUGUUGUGUGCCCACACCGAUAUCUCCCAUCGGAUUAUUAUUAUUCGAAUCGGCCUCUUAUCUACGAACGACUUCACUGCUGGGCGCGCGGGACGCCGCGCGGGACGAGUUGAACAAUCAUCGGGCGCGUGCGGCGUGGAACGCUGAGGAAGCUGCUGCGAAGAUCUCGUCAUGAGCGGAGGUCUGGCUCCCAGCCGGAGCACGGUCUACGUGUCCAACCUGCCCUUCUCCCUCACCAACAGCGACCUGCACAAGAUCAUGGAAAAGCAUGGUAAGGUUGUUAGGGUGACCGUCGUGCGUGACCGGGAGACGCGCCGCAGCAAGGGCGUGGCCUUCGUGCUCUUCCUGGACCGCGAGUCGGCGCAAAACUGCAGUCGCAAAGUCAACAACAAGGAGCUGUUCGGUCGGACGCUGAAGGCAAGCAUCGCCGUGGACAACGGCCGCGCCUCGGAGUUCAUUCGCCGCCGCACGUACACGGACAAGUCUCGCUGCUACGAGUGCGGGGAGGAUGGCCACCUCAGCUACAUUUGCCCCAAGAAUGUUCUUGGGGAGAGGGAUCCACCAAAAAAGAAAGAAAAGAAGAAGAAAAAGAAGCUAGAUGCUACACAAGAACAGGAGACGAACGUGUCUGGGAGUGAAGAAGAAGGGGAGGACCCGGCCCUGGACAGCUUGAGCCAAGCCAUCGCUUUCCAGCACGCGCGUGUGGAGGAGGAGCGGCGCCAUUUCGGUGGCGGUGGUAACGGCGGGGAUGGCCAGCCCGGGACCUCGGACGCCGACGGCACGCGGCACCGCAUCAAGCAGAGCCACUACUUCAGCGACGAGGAGGAGCUCAGCGAUUGACGCCCGCUGACCUCUCUCACUGGCAGACGACGGGGCCCAGCGUCCCUUGUGCGUCGUUCACCAAGACGGGGCGGUAGUGUAGCCUGGACUGCCGCUGAUCUGCAGCGUAGUGCUGGAAGCAAUUGAAUAGCCCUAUCGUUAACCCCAUUCAUCUCGCUUCUCCCAUACAUAGUUGUGGUGCACCCAUAAUAAAUACACCCAUUACUCUUCCCCUUGAGCCCAAAAACAUUUUUUCUUGGAGGUAGCAGUGUUUUGCAGAGCAGCGGUAUUUUGAAUCACGCCAGAAGUUCCCAUAUGAACGCUGGGUUUCGUAUGCAAGCGUUUGCUUUUUGCCACUCGCUGCAAGAUUUCACAUUUGUUUCAAGUUUAUUUUGUUUAAGCAGGGUGAGAACUCGAAGAGACCAAGAUAAAGUUUCAUUUGCAAGUGACUUGGAACACCAAUAGCAGUAUCGGACCUCUAGUGGCGAGAGAUACAGUAAAACCUUGGAUUGCGAGUUACUUGGUCUGCGAGUGUUUUGCAAGACGAGCAAUUUUUUUAAAUAAUUAUUAAUUUGAUUAACGAGCGAGGUCUUGCAAUACGAGUAGUACGUGUGUACGCUUUGUCUGCCGAGCGUCACGUGAUCACAACUGAUGUACGAGUGCUUUGGAUUACUAACACGUUUCCGGAACGACUUAUGCUCGCAAUCCAAGGUUUUACUGUAUUGGACUCUUCUCUGCAUGCUUGUGGGUAUGAGCAUCCAAAUGCAACCUUGGUUGUUGGCGAGUGGAUUGCCUGAGCUGUGUGUGCAGCUCACCGGACGCUGUGCAACGCAUGCCAGCCUCUUUUUUUUAAAUCCUUUAUAUUAAGUUCGCUUGCUUGCUUGCUUAGGACCGUGCAAAUUUUUCGGUCGUUUUUUAACCCACUUCCCGUGAUCCAAUCGAGCUGACAUUUUGCACACAGACUCGUUGUGCGUGACAAUGAAUUUUCGUGAAAAUUUUUUUCCAAAAUUUUACACUUUUUAGGAAAAAAUAAAUUAUAUUUAAUUACCAAUUGCUUAAUGGUGGCAGCCAUUCAUCUGACCCAUAGGUGGCAGCCAUAUCAAGCCAGAGGACGAGAGGACUCUAGCCUCCACGCAUAUGAAGGAUUUAUAGUGAAAAACUUUGUUUUUACGGGUGAAUUUUUUUUCCCUGUUCGUGGCACCGUGGCGUAUCUCCAUUUACGAGAUAAUUUAAACUUACUUUUUCAGGAACGCAACAAUUGUAAUAGAAGUUUUGUCAUUCAAAUGUAACAAAAUAUUUGGUGAAAUUAGGUGAAGAGGCAAACAUCUGUAAAUAAAUGUGUAUAUAUUUUUUAUGAAUGUAAAAAGAAUGUGGAACAAAUAUUAGACCGUGAAUGUUUUUUAUUCAUCUUGCACUGUUUCUCGCAGUGGGCAUAUUGAAUUACGGAGAGAGGAAGGCAAAGGAACAAAAGAAAGGUCUUGAAUAGGCGUAGGGAGUCCACAGUACAUAUUGCUGGUGGCAAGGGAGUUCCAGACUAUGGGGACAUUCAAAGAAAACGAGCAACCUCCCACUGAGUGAACGUAGACCGGGAACUUCGACCGAAUGCGUUGAGAGGAGUAGAGUGGGAUGAGAAGGCAGAGGUAAUUAGCUUAAAGUAAAUUUUCUUUAACCAGGUGGGAGCUCAAGAGACAAGGAUAGUCUUAUUUGCAAGCAUGACCUGCUUCACCAAAAUUACUAAUCGGUAACGGAUGAAUGCAUGGGGGAUCUUCAAGACUGCAAUUCUGAACAUUGUUCCAGGAUUUGAUGGAAUGUGAACGGAGCAUGAGAGAUAUGGUCUCGUUUAUGGGUGGGGUUAAAAAGUCUUGCAGUGGCAUUUUAGAGUUUGGAGAGGAGGGAAUUUGAGAGUCUGUAGAGGAAUUGCAAUCAUCGAAGUCGAGAUGGGAUUAGGGCAUCGAUGAGUGUCGGCACCAGCUGAGAAAAUAGGCGAGGAAAAUUGAAAUUUUACGAUAAAACAUUUUGUAACUUAUAAUAAAAGUGACAAAACGAGCGGUAAAAAAAAGUUGGAUUCAUUGCUUAAUUUCCAUGACGGUAUUUGCCUUCUGUUCUUCGUUAAGUAAAACAUUUUUUUUGUUGUUUCUGUGGAAACAUCAACAAUGUUCAAUAGGAGGCACUUCUAUUGAGUAGGCAGGGACAGUGAUCUCGCUAGGAACAUUUUAAUGAUCAAAAAUGAUAAAUCCACUGCCAAACAAUGGUCUCAUCACACCGUUGCCAUCCGCGUAAUUUUGCGAUUCCACAAGCCAUUUGGACAUUUGAGCUGAUUCCAUCUCACGCGCCGAGCUGGAAGGGCAGACGGAACGAGCGGGAGG